GUGGACAAAGAUUUAGCCAAAAACCUACUUUAAACACACACAUGAGAAUCCACACUGGACAGAAGCCUUUCUCUUGCGAUCUAUGUGGACAAAGAUUUGGCCAAAAAUCUAGUUUAAACAUACACCUGAGAAUCCACACAGGAGAGAAGCCUUUUUGCUGUGAUCUAUGUAAAAAAAGAUUUAGCCAAAAACCUACUUUAAACACACACAUGAGAAUCCACACAGGACAGAAGCCUUUCUCUUGCGAUCUAUGUGGACAAAGGUUUAGCCGAAAAACAAUUUUAAACGUACAUAUGAGAACUCACACAGGACAGAAGCCUUUCUCUUGUGAUCUAUGUGGACAAAGAUUUAGCCAAAAAUCUAGUUUAAACAUACACCUGAGAAUCCACACAGGAGAGAAGCCUUUUUGCUGUGAUCUAUGUAAAAAAAGGUUUGUUGAAAGAGCACAUUUAAACAGUCACAUGAGAAUCCACACAGGAGUGAAGCCUUUUUGCUGUGAUCUAUGUGGACAAAGAUUUAGCCACAAAUCAACUUUAAGCAAUCACAAGAGAAUCCACACAGGAGAGAAGCCUUUCUGCUGUGAUCUGUGUGGAAAAAGGUUUAGCCAAAAAACAAUUUUAAACGUACAUAUGAGAACUCACACAGGACAGAAGCCUUUCUGUUGUGAUCUAUGUGGACAAAGAUUUAGCCAAAAACCUACUUUAAACACACACAUGAGAAUCCACACUGGACAGAAGCCUUUCUCUUGUGAUCUAUGUGGACAAAGAUUUGGCCAAAAAUCUAGUUUAAACAUACACCUGAGAAUCCACACAGGAGAGAAGCCUUUUUGCUGUGAUCUAUGUAAAAAAAGGUUUGUUGAAAGAGCACAUUUAAACAGUCACAUGAGAAUCCACACAGGAGUGAAGCCUUUUUGCUGUGAUCUAUGUGGACAAAGAUUUAGCCAAAAACCUACUUUAAACACACACAUGAGAAUCCACACAGGACAGAAGCCUUUCUCUUGCGAUCUAUGUGGACAAAGGUUUAGCCGAAAAACAAUUUUAAACGUACAUAUGAGAACUCACACAGGACAGAAGCCUUUCUCUUGUGAUCUAUGUGGACAAAGAUUUAGCCAAAAAUCUAGUUUAAACAUACACCUGAGAAUCCACACAGGAGAGAAGCCUUUUUGCUGUGAUCUAUGUAAAAAAAGGUUUGUUGAAAGAGCACAUUUAAACAGUCACAUGAGAAUCCACACAGGAGUGAAGCCUUUUUGCUGUGAUCUAUGUGGACAAAGAUUUAGCCACAAAUCAACUUUAAGCAAUCACAAGAGAAUCCACACAGGAGAGAAGCCUUUCUGCUGUGAUCUGUGUGGAAAAAGGUUUAGCCAAAAAACAAUUUUAAACGUACAUAUGAGAACUCACACAGGACAGAAGCCUUUCUGUUGUGAUCUAUGUGGACAAAGAUUUAGC